AUGACUGUAGGUAUGUUUUUGUCCACUGCAUCGAUCAGGUUUCUCAGCGAGAACUUGAUAUCCUCUCUCAGUCCUGGUGUGUUCAAGGACCUCCACCAGUUAGAGUGGCUGAUCUUGGAUCAUAACCCACUAACAAGUUUGUCCCAGGACACGUUCAUUGGGCUCAAGUCUCUUGUGUAUCUAUCCAUGGUGGACGCCUCACUGCAGCAGCUUCCUCACCCCAGCUUCUGCGAACACAUGCCUGCCUUGGACUGGCUGGAUCUUGAGGGAAACCAGAUUCAAACUCUCAACUUCUCCAUCUUGAAGACCUGCAGCAAGCUCGAGGUUCUAUUACUGAUGGAAAACAGGAUACGAAGAGUUCCUGAAAACACCUUCCAGUCCCUGUGGAAACUGGCUGAGCUGAAUCUGUCCAGCAACAGGAUAAAGGAGCUGCCAAAGAACACCUUUAAAAGCCUUUCUAAGUCCCUCCUUAAACUAAAUAUCUCCCACAAUCCUCUUCUUUGCAUUCACCCCAGUCAUUUUAGCCAUUUGGCACAACUUCAGUCUUUGGCGCUGGAAGGGAUAGAGAUCCCAGAUAUUCAGACUAAGAUGUUUCUGCCCAUGAAGAACCUGUCCCACAUAUACUUCCAGAAGUUCCAGUACUGCUCGUAUGCCCCUCAUGUCAGGUCCUGUAAGCCCAACACAGACGGCAUAUCAUCUUUUGAGGACCUGCUGGCCAACAUCGUGCUGCGGGUGUCUGUGUGGGUCAUGGCCUUCAUCACGUGCUUUGGUAACCUCUUGGUCAUCGGCAUGAGGUCACUGAUACGAGCUGAGAACAAUCUGCAUGCUGCGUGCAUCAAAGUCCUGUGCUGUGCAGACUGCCUCAUGGGUGUGUACUUGUUCUUUGUCGGAGUGUUCGAUGUGAAAUUUCGCGGGCAGUACAAUCGGAACGCUCUGCUUUGGAUGGAGAGCGUAGAGUGUCGCACCAUUGGAUUUCUGGCCAUGCUUUCCUCAGAGGUGUCUGUUCUGCUCCUAACCUAUCUGACGCUGGAAAAGUUCCUGGUUAUCGUCUUCCCCUUCAGCAAUCUGCGCCCGGGCAAACUUCAGACUGGGGUGGUGUUGGCUUCUAUCUGGCUACUGGGCUUCAUUAUUGCUGCAGUGCCCUUAAUGAAUGAGGAUGUGUUUGGAAACUAUUAUGGACGUAAUGGAGUCUGCUUCCCCCUGCACUCUGACAGGCAAGAAAAACCUACUGCCAAAGGAUAUUCCACAGGGAUUUUUCUGGGUCUGAACGUGGUGGCGUUCCUGGUGAUCGUCUUCUCCUACUCCAGCAUGUUCUUCUCCAUCUAUAAAACUGGCAUCAAUGCCACAGACCUGAGGAGCAGGCUGCACAGGGACGUGGCUGUGGCCAACAGGUUUUUCUUCAUCGUGUUCUCCGACGCCCUCUGCUGGAUCCCCAUAUUUUUGGUGAAAAUCCUCUCACUGUUGAAGGUGGAGAUACCCGGAACCAUCUCCAGCUGGGUUGUCAUCUUCAUCCUCCCCAUCAACAGCGCCUUGAACCCCAUCCUUUACACCCUGACCACCAGCUUCUUCAGAGAACAGGUGGAACUCUUACUCUGUCGCUGGCAGAGGAGACACCUCUUGAAAAAAGACCGCAAAAGCCUCACAUCCUCCACAAUCUUCAUGGAGACGGCGCGGGCAACGUGCUACCAGCAGCCGGCCUACCUCCAGCGGGUGUCGCUGACUGUCGCAGACCCUCGCUACGCCUGAGAGAGGCAGGAACUCUCCUGGUAUUAUGUAAACUAAUAGUCAGGGGACUAUAAAUGUUAAAUAUUCAGGCUCCUGCAUGUAAGUGGAACCAGAUUAACGAGCGCUGAGCUGUGUCUUUAUGCUCUUGACAUGUGUUAAGAUGUCAACAAUUUGACACUUUUGUCCAAAGCAGUUCAGCUUUUUUUCUGUCCUAUACACACACAGAGACUUAAGGGCCCAGUGCCUUGCUCCGAGGCACAGGAGAACGGGAUGGGAAAGAGCCAGACAUCAAACCAACAACCCUACAAUAGGUGGUUGCCCCUUUGUGCCACUUGAGCUACAGUCACUCCCAUGCUUUCAUGCUCAUGUUGCCCCACAGCUGAAAUGGUUCAGGGUAACUGUUCUGUAAAGGAAUAACAAAGAAGAGGAUGUGGAUGGAAGAAUAAAUACCAGGGAACUGUAUACUGCAGCUCUCAGUGCCACCAUGAGGAUGUUCAGACUAAACGUCAAGCAAGAGAAGUACUUUUCUGGAACAAUCCCUCAGAUGUUCGUGACUCCAGAGCAGGAGAGGGAGCUGUGAAACAAAGCAGCUGAGACUCUGUUGUCUCACAGACAUGUUUUGUAUGAAGGGUGACCGCAGAGUCACAGAUACCGAAAACGAGUUCAAGGAUCAAUAGCUUCAGUCUCUACAAAAUCAAAGAAGGAUUCUUGGAUUGCAAAAAAAAAUAAAACUUGCCGCAGUCUGAUGUUUAUGAAGUUAUAAUGUUGGCAGAACAAAACCAGCAGUUUCAGUGAAUGUAUGCAAAAACUAAGAUUAUCAUAUUGUUUGAAACGCAAAAAUACAGCUUGCAUUUUGUAAAAUAUAAUCAAACUGUUAGAAUGCAAAGCCAACUUUUCAUUUUAAUCUCUCAUCUUUCAUGACACUAUUUAAAUUCAAAUUAAUAACACAAUUAAGUUUAUCAUCAGACAUUCAUUCACACAUAUAUCAAGCACUCUGCUUCCUCUUAUUUCUAUUCUCUGUGUUUGCUCAUGUUUUCUUCUCAUUCUGGUCGUUUUUCUUGCUCUAUCGGUUGUUGGGUUUACUGGUGUGAUUAGCUUUUUUAUUUUUGUUUUAUUCUAAAUGUGACUUUACUUCAGCCUCCUUGACACAGAAAUGUGGUAGCAGAGUUAA